GUCAUAUGACUGAUGAGGGACCGAUCCCACUGCGAGCAGGCUUCUCCGGGUCCUCCGCGCAAAACAAAGGAGGUUUGAGGAGCCGUUGUCCGGGAUGAGAAGCUGCAGCGGCUCAUUGUUUGGAGGCAGUGCAACUCGAUAAUCACGGCGGGAUGCGAGACCGAGGAGCCCUGCCCGCGCUUUUCGCCGCCUCCUUGCUCGGUCUAGUACUGAGUCAGACUACUCUGACCCCUGCUCUCACUGACACCACAGUCAUUGAGAAUGUGACUGCUCCAACCACCCCCCUGGCCCUCCUGACCAGUACCCCCAGCACACCCAUCAGCACCACCCCAGGGUGCUCUGCCUUCAACACGUCCACAUGUGAACCAUGUGCUCCGGGAUUCCAGUAUGACAACAACACAAUGCUGUGUACAUGCUGUACUGAACCUGGGCUCUGUCUAUUUCCUGGAGCAUGUCUGCAGUGCCCUGUGGGCUCCUAUCAGCCUCUGGUAGGACAGCAGCAGUGUCUCCCCUGUGCCCGUGGCUUCUACACCAAUUUCACAGGGAGCCCGCUGUGCCAUGCCUGUCCUUUAGGGUCCUUCAACAACAUCACCGGAGCAGAUAGCUGCAUCAGCUGCUCUCCAGGUUCCUUUGCAUCUCUGCAGAGUUCUACAUCAUGUUCACCAUGUUCACUGGGAACCUUCUGCAACUCAUCUGGUUGCUCAAAGUGCCAGACAUGUCCAGCUGGUCAGGAAGCUCUGCAGAAUGGUGCCACGGAUUGUACUCCCUGUCGACCAGGCAUGCACAAGCCAGCUCGCCAAACCAUGUGCCAAAUCUGCAAUAGUGGCUCCUACCAAAUUCACUGGGGUCAGGACCAGUGUGAGAUCUGCCCAGAGAACCACUACUGCCCUAGUCCAGAUGUGAAUCCAAUCCAGUGCCCUAGUGAUGCCUUCUGUCCUCAGGGCAGUCUGGCCCCUGGCUACUGCAUGGAGACUUUCUUCAGAAAAGCAGGGGACACAUGUGAACUGGCCCCUGUCACUAUAGCUCUGCUUGUGGUUGGAGGAGGAGUGGCCUUGCUGUUUAUCAUCCUCAUGCUGCUUCGUCGGCGCAGAGACACAGAUGGGGAACUGUCAGUGGCGAGGGCCCCACUGCUGCGUAAGGAGCGACCUCAGGGCCGAUACUAUGGCAUCCCCUGUGACGCUGAGCCUGUGUAUGCGGGCUGGUGACACGCUCGCUUUAUGGACUAAGCAUGAUAUUCUCACUUUCCUUAAUGAACUUGUGGUGACCACACUUUGAUUUCAUUACAAAACACACAUAAAUCCAUUGUAAACAUGACACUGUUCUACACAUGACCACUUUGUAAACGUUAUUGGAUUAUUAGAGGUAUGUUGGUGCAAACAUUCUCUCUCAAAAAGCACUUUUUUGAGGUAAUUGAAUUACUUCACACUUGGGAGUCUGCCAUCUUGUUGAGUUGUCUGCAUUUUUGGUUUCUUGAACUUUCUAUUUAAAUUCUGAAAUGUGUUUCUAAUUGUGUUCACCUUGUCUUAUUUUUUUUAUGUUUUAACAAAAAAAAAUUGUAGUAAUACAUG